AUGAUCUAUGAUGUGGGAAUACAGGGGCUUACAAGGGGUUACAGGGGCUUACAAGGGGUUACAAGGAGUUACAAGGAGUUACAAGGGGUUACAAGGGGUUACAAGGGGUUACAGGGGGUUACAAGGGGUUACGAGGGGUGACAGGGGCUGACAAGGGGUUACAGGGGGUUACAAAGGAUUAUAGAAACUUUUUUCUAACUAAAACGUUUACAGAUACUUUUUCUAGGUCUAUUUUGCAUGAAAAUCAAACAUGAAGAAAUCUCUAAUUAUUGAUCAAAAGGAUGGACUAACCCCUUUGGAAAAAUUCUAAUUUUGCGUUUUUCGUAAACAGUUGUUUUUAUAGUCUUUAAAGGCUUCUUUUUUAUCUAGAACGUCAGCAAACACUUUUUCUCGAUCUAUUUUUGAUAAACACAAAACAUAAAAAAACUUCAACUUUUUGACCAAAAUCAUGGACUAUCCCCUUUGCAAAAAUGCCAAUUUUGCCUUCUUUUUAAAUCCAUGUUUAUAUUGUCUAGAAAGGCUUCUUUUCUAACGACAACGUCACCAAAUACUUUUUCUGGGUGUAUUUUGCAUAAAACGAAACGUUCACAAAAUUUCAAAUUUUUGACCGAAACUAUGGACUAAAUCCUUUGCAAAAAUGCCAAUUUUGUGGGUUUUUGAAACCGAUGUUUUUCUUCUUCAGAAAGGCUUGUUUGCUAUAUAAAACGUCGAAAAUCGUUUUUUCAUGAUUUAUUUUCAUGAUCUAUGACAUGGGAAUACAGGGGGUUACAAGGGGUUACAGGGGGCUACAAGGGGUUACAAGGGUUUACAAGGGGUUACAGGGGGUUACAAAGGGUUACAAGGGGUGACAAAGACUGACAAGGGGUUAGAGGGGGUUACAAAGGAUUAUAGAAACUUUUUUCUAACUAGAACGUUCCCAGAUACUUUUACUUCGUCUAUUUUGCAUUAAAAUCAAAGUUGAAGAAAUCUCUAAUUUUUGAUCAAAACAAUGGACUAACCCCUUUGCAAAAAUUCUCAUUUUGCGUUUUUCGUAAACAGUUGUUUUUAUAGUCUUUAAAGGCUUCUCUAUUAUCUAGAACAUCAGCAAAAACUUUUUCUCGAUCUAUUUUUGAUAAAUAAAAAAGAUGAAAAAAUUUCACCUUUUUGACCAAAAUCAUGGACUAUCCCCUUUGCAAAAAUGCCAAUUUUUGCCUUCUUUUUAAAUCCAUGUUUAUAUUGUCUAGAAAGGCUUGUUUUCUAACGAGAACGUCACCAAAUACUUUUUCUGGGAGUAGUUUGCAUAAAACGACACGGUCACAAAAUUUCAAAUUUUUGGCCAAAACUAUGGACUAACCCCUUUGCAAAAAUGCCAAUUUUGUCCGUUUUUGAAACCGAUGUUUUUCUCAGUUCAGAAAGGCUUGUUUGCUAUAUAAAACGUCGAAAAUCGUUUUUUCACGAUUUAUUUUCACCAUCUAUGACAUGGGAAUACAGGGGGUUACAAGGGGUUACAGGAGGUUACAAGCGGUUACAAGUGGCGACAGGGGGUGACAAGGGGUUACAGGGGGUUACAAAGGAUUAUAGAAACUUUUUUCUAACUAGAACGUUCCCAGAGACUUUUUUUGGGUCUAUUUUGCAUAAAAAUCAAAGUUGAAGAAAUCUCUAAUUUUUGAUCAAGACGAUGGACUAACCCCUUUGGAAAAAAAUUAAAUUUUGCAUUUUCCGUUAACAGUUGUUUUUAUAGUCUUUAACGGCUUUUUUUUUAUAUGUAGAACGUCAGCAAACAUUUUUUCUCGAUCUUUUUUUUGAUAAAUACAAAAGAUGAAAAAACUUCAACUUUUUGACCAAAAUCAUGGACUAUCCCCUUUGCAAAAACGCCAAUUUUGCCUUCUUUUUAAAUCCAUGUUUAUAUUGUCUAGAAAGGCUUGUUUUCUAACGACAACGUCACCAAAUACUUUUUCUGGGUGUAUUUUGCAUAAAACGAAACGUUCACAAAAUUUCCACUUUUUGACCAAAACCAUGGACUAACCCCUUUGGAAAAAUGCUAAUUUUGUGGGUUUUUUAAACCGACGUUUUUCUUGUUCAGAAAGGCUUGUUUGCUAUACAAAACGUCGAAAAUCGUUUCAUUGCGAUUUAUUUUCACGGUCUCUGACAUGGGAAUACAGGGGGUUAAAAGGGGUUACAGGGCGUUACAGGGGGUUACAAGGGGUGACAGGGGGUGACAAGGGGUUACAGGGGGUUACAAAGGAUUAUGGAAAGUUUUAUCUAACUAGAACGUUCCCAGAUACUUUUACUUUGUCUAUUUUCCAUAAAUAUCAAAGUUAAAGAAAUCUCUAAUUUUUGAUCAAAACGAUGGACUAACCCCUUUGGAAAAAUUCUAAUUCUGCGUUUUUCGUAAACAGUUGUCUUUUUACUCUUUAAACGCUUCUUUUUUAUCUAGAACGUCAGCAAACACUUUUUCUCGAUCUAUUUUUGAUAAAUACAAAAGAUGAAAAAACUUCAACUUUUUGACCAAAAUCAUGGACUAUCCCCUUUGCAAAAAUGCCAAUUUUGCCUUCUUUUUAAAUCCAUGUUUAUAUUGUCUAGAAAGGCUUGUUCUCUAACGAGAACGUCACCAAAUACUUUUUCUGGGUGUAUUUUGCAUAAAACGAAACGUUCACAAAAUUUCCACUUUUUGACCAAAACCAUGGACUAACCCCUUUGGAAAAAUGCUAAUUUUGUGGGUUUUUUAAACCGACGUUUUUCUCGUUCAGAAAGGCUUGUUUGCUAUACAAAACGUCGAAAAUCGUUUCAUUGCGAUUCAUUUUCACGGUCUCUGACAUGGGAAUACAGGGGCUUAAAAGGGGUUACAGGGCGUUACAGGGGGUUACAAGGGGUGACAGGGGGUGACAAGGGGUUACAGGGGGUUACAAAGGAUUAUGGAAAGUUUUAUCUAACUAGAACGUUCCCAGAUACUUUUACUUUGUCUAUUUUCCAUAAAUAUCAAAGUUAAAGAAAUCUCUAAUUUUUGAUCAAAACGAUGGACUAACCCCUUUGGAAAAAUUCUAAUUCUGCGUUUUUCGUAAACAGUUGUCUUUUUACUCUUUAAACGCUUCUUUUUUAUCUAGAACGUCAGCAAACACUUUUUCUCGAUCUAUUUUUGAUAAAUACAAAAGAUGAAAAAACUUCAACUUUUUGACCAAAAUCAUGGACUAUCCCCUUUGCAAAAAUGCCAAUUUUGCCUUCUUUUUAAAUCCAUGUUUAUAUCUUCUAGGAAGGCUUAUUUUCUAACGAGAACGUCACCAAAUAGUUUUUCUGGGUGUAUUUUGCAGAAAAAGAAACGUUCACAAAAUUUCCAAUUUUUGACCAAAACCAUGGACUAACCCCUUUGCAAAAAUGCCAAUAUUGUGGGUUUUUGAAAACGAUGUUUUUCUUGUUCAGAAAGGCUUGUUUGCUAUAUAAAACGUCGAAAAUCGUUUCAUCACGAUUUAUUUUCACGAUCUAUGACAUGGGAAUACAGGGGGUUACAAGGGGUUACAGGGGGUUACUAGGGAUGACAAGUGGUUACAAGGGGUUACAAGGGGUUACAAGGGGUUACGAGGGGUGACAAGGGGUGACAAGUGGUUACAGAGGGUUACAAAGGAUUAUAGAAACUUUUUUCUAACUAGAACGAUCCCAGAUACUUUUUCUUGGUCUAUUUUGCAUAAAAAUCAAAGUUGAAGAAAUCUCUAUAUUUUGAUUAAAACGACGGACUAACCCCUUUGGAAAAAUUCUAAUUUUCCGUUUUUCGUAAACAUUUGUCUUUUUAGUCUUUAAAGGCUUCUUUUUUAUCUAGAACGUCAGCAAACAAUUUUUCUCGAUCUAUUUUUGAUAAAUACAAAAGAUGAAAAAACUUCAACUUUUUGACCAAAAUCAUGGACUAUCCCCUUUGCAAAAAUGCCAAUUUUGCCUUCUUUUUAAAUCCAUGUUUAUAUUGUCUAGAAAGGCUUGUUUUCUAACGACAACGUCACCAAAUACUUUUUCUGGGUGUAUUUUGCAUAAAACGAAACGUUCACAAAAUUUCCAAUUUUUGACCAAAACCAUGGACUAACCCCUUUGCAAAAACGCCAAUUUUGUGGGUUUUUGAAACCGAUGUUUUUCUUGUUCAGAAAGGCUUGUUUGCUAUAUAAAACGUCGAAAAUCGUUAUUUCACGAUUUAUUUGCACGAUCUAUGAUAUGGGAAUACAGGGGGUUACAAGGAGUUACAGGGGGUUACUAGGGGUUACAAGAGGUUACAAGGGGUUACAAGGGGUUACAUGGGGUUACAAGGGGUUACAAGGGGUGACAUGGGGUGACAAGGGGUUACAGGGGGUUACAAAGGAUUAUAGAAACUUUUUUCUAACUAGAAGGUUCCCAAAUACUUUUUCUUGGUCUAUUUUGCAUAAAAAUCAAAGUUGAAGAAAUCUCUAAUUUUUGAUCAAAACGAUGGACUAACCCCUUUCGAAAAAUUCUAAUUUUGCGUUUUUCGUAAACAGUUGUUUUUAUAGUCUUUAAAGAACGUCAGCAAACACUUUUUCUCGAUCUAUUUUUCAUAAAAACAAAAGAUGAAAAAACUUCAACUUUUUGACCAAAAUCAUGGACUAUCCCCUUUGCAAAAAUACCAAAUUUGCCUACUUUUUAAAUCCAUGUUUAUAUUGCCUAGACAGGCUUGUUUUCUAACGACAACGUCACCAAAUACUUUUUCUGGGUGUAUUUUGCAUAAAACGAAACGUUCACAAAAUUUCCAAUUUUUGAUCAAAACCAUGGACUAACCCCUUUGCAAAAAUGCCAAUUUUGUGGGUUUUUGAAACCGAUGUUUUUCUUGUUCAGAAAGGCUUGUUUUGUAUAUAAAACGUCGAAAAUCGUUUUUUCACGAUUUAUUUUCACGAUCUAUGACAUGGCAAUACAGGGGGUUACAAGGGGUUACAAAGGGUUACAAGGGGUUACAAGGGGUUACAGGGGGUUACAAGGGGUUACAAGGGGUGACAGGGGGUGAUAAAAGGUUACAGGGGGUUACAAAGGAUUUUAGAAACUUUUUUCUAACUAGAACGUUCCCAGAUACUUUUUCUUGGUCUAUUUUGCAUAAAAAUCAAAGUUAAAGAAAUCUCUAAUUUUUGAUCUAAACGAUGGACUAACCCCUUUGGAAAAAUUCUAAUUUCCCGUUUUUCGUAAACAGUUGUUUUUAUAGUCUUUAAAGGCUUCUUUUUUAUCUAGAACGUCAGCAAACACUUUUUCUCGAUCUAUUUUUGAUAAAUACAAAAGAUGAAAAAACUUUAACUUUUUGACCACAAUCAUGGACUAUCCCCUUUGCAAAAAUGCCAAUUUUGCCUUCUUUUUAAAUCCAUGUUUAUAUUGUCUAGAAAGGCUUGUUUUCUAACGACAACGUCACCAAAUACUUUUUGUGGGAGUAUUUUGCAUAAAACGAAACGUUCGCACAAUUUCCAAUUUUUGACCAAAACCAUGGACUAACCCCUUUGCAAAAAUGCCAAUUUUGUACGUUUUUGAAACCGCUAACAAAAACCGGUUACACGGGGUUAGAAAGGAUUAUAGAAACGUUUAUCUAAAAAGAACGUUAACAGAUACUUUUUCUUGGUCUAUUUUGCAUAAAAAUCAAAGUUAAAGAAAUCUCUAAUUUUUGAUCAAAACGAUGGACUAACCCGUUUGGAAAAAUUCUAAUUUUCCGUUUUUCGUAAACAGUUGUUUUUAUAGUCUUUAAAGGCUUUCUUUUUAUCUAAAACGUCAGCAAACACUUUUUCUCGAUCUAUUUUUGAUAAAUACAAAAGAUGAAAAAACUUCAACUUUUUGACCAAAAUCAUGGACUAUCCCCUUUGCAAAAAUGCCAAUUUUGCCUUCUUUUUAAAUCCAUGUUUAUAUUGUCUAGAAAGGCUUGUUUUCUAACGACAACGUCACCAAAUACUUUUUCUGGGUGUAUUUUGCAUAAAACGAAACGUUCACAAAAUUUCCAAUCUUUGACCAAAACCAUGGACUAACCCCUUUUCAAAAAUGCCAAUUUUGUGGGUUUUUGAACCCGAUGUUUUUCUUGUUCAGAAAGGCUUGUUUGCUAUAUAAAACGUCUAAAAUCGUUUUUUCACGAUUUAUUUUCAUGAUCUAUGACAUGGGAAUACAGGGGGUUACAAGGGGUUACAGGGGGUUACAAGGGGUUACAAGGGGUAACAGGGGGUUACAAGGGGUUACAAGGGGCGACAAGGGUUGAUAAGGGGUUACAGGGGGUUACGAAGGAUUAUAGAAAUGUUUUUCUAAAUAGAACGUUCCCAGAUACUUUUUCUUGGUCUAUUUUGAAUAAAAAUAAAAGUUAAAGAAAUCUCUAAUUUUUGAUCAAAACGAUGGACUAACCCGUUUGGAAAAAUUCUAAUUUUGCGUUUUUCGUAAACACUUGCUUUUAUAGUCUUUAAAGACUUCUUUUUUAUCUAGAACGUCAGCAAACACUUUUUCUCGAUCUAUUUUUGAUAAAUACAAAAGAUGAAAAAACUUCAACUUUUUUACCAAAAUCAUGGACUAUCCCCUCAGGAAAAAUGCCAAUUUUGCCUUCUUUUUAAAUCCAUGUUUAUAUUUUCUAGGAAGGCUUAUUUUCUAACGAGAACGUCACCAAAUAGUUUUUCUGGGUGUAUUUUGCAGAAAAAGAAAUGUUCACAAAAUUUCCAAUUUUUGACCAAAACCAUGGACUAACCCCUUUGCAAAAAUGUCAAUUUUUUGGGUUUUUGAAACCGAUGUUUUUCUUGUUCAGAAAGGCUUGUUUGCUAUAUAAAACGUCGAAAAUCGUUUUUUCACGAUUUAUUUUCACGAUCUAUGACAUGGGAAUACAAGGGGUUACAAGGGGUUACAGGGGGUUACAAGGGGUUACAAGGGGUUACAGGGGGUUACAAGGGGUUACAGGGGGUUUCAAGGGGUUACAAGGGGUGACAGGGGGUGAUAAGGGGUUACAGGGGGUUACAAAGGAUUAUAGAAACUUUUUUCUAACUAGAACGUUCCCAGAUACUUUUUCUUGGCCUAUUUUGCAUAAAAAUCAAACUUAAAGAAAUCUCUAAUUUUUCAUCUAAACGAUGGACUAACCCCUUUGGAAAAAUUCUAAUUUUGCGUUUUUCGUAAACAGUUGUUUUUAUAGUCUUUAAAGGCAUCUUUUUUAUCUAGAACGUCAGCAAACACUUUUUCUCGAUCUAUUUUUGAUAAAUACAAAAGAUGAAAAAUCUUCAACUUUUUGACCAAAAUCAUGGACUAUCCCCUUUGCAAAAAUGCCAAUUUUGCCUUCUUUUUAAAUCCAUGUUUAUAUUGUCUAGAAAGGCUUGUUUUCUAACGACAACGUCACCAAAUACUUUUUCUGGGUGUAUUUUGCAUAAAACGAAACGUUCACAAAAUUUCCAAUUUUUGAUCAAAACCAUGGACUAAGCCCUUUGCAAAAAUGCCAAUUUUGUGGGUUUUUGAAACCGAUGUUUUUCUUGUUCAGAAAGACUUGUUUGCUAUAUAAAACGUCGAAAAUCAUUUUUUCUCGAUUUAUUUUCACAAUCUAUGACAUGGGAAUACAGGGGGUUACAAGGGAUUACAGAGGGUUACAAGGGGUUACAAGGGGUUACAAGGGGUUACAGGGGGUUAGAAGGGGUUACAAGGGGUGACAGGGGGUGACCAGGGGUUACAGGGGGUUACAAAGGAUUAUAGAAACUUUUUCUAACUAGAACGUUCCCAGAUACUUUUUCUUGGUCUAUUUUGCAUAAAAAUCAAAGUUAAAGAAAUCUCUAAUUUUUGAUGAAAACGAUGGACUAACCCCUUUGGAAAAAUUUCAAUUUUCCUUUUUUCGUAAACAGUUGUUUUUAUAGUCUUUAAAGGCUUCUUUUUUAUCUAGAACGUCAGGAAACACUUUUUCUCGAUCUAUUUUUGAUAAAUACAAAACAUGAAAAAACUUCACCUUUUUGACCAAAAUCAUGGACUAUCCCCUUUGCAAAAAUGCCAAUUUUGCCUUCUUUUUAAAUCCAUGUUUAUAUUGUGUAGAAAGGCUUGUUUUCUAACGACGACGACACCAAAUACUUUUUGUAAGUGUAUUUUGCAUAAAACGAAACGUUCACACAAUUUCCAAUUUUUGACCAAAACCAUGGACUAACCCCUUUGCAAAAAUGCCAAUUUUGUGGGUUUUUGAAACCGAUUAGAAAAACCGGUUACAGGGGGUUACAAAGGAUUAUAGAAACGUUUUGCUAAAUAGAAGGUUCCCAGAUACUUUUUCUUGGUCAAUUUUGCAUAAAAAUCAAAGUUAAAGAACUCUCUAAUUUUUGAUCAAAACGAUGGACUAACCCCUUUGGAAAAAUUCUAAUUUUGCGUUUUUCCUAAACAGUAGUUUUUAUAGUCUUUAAAGGCCUCUUUUUUAUCUAGAACGUCAGCAAAUAUUUUUUCUCGAUCUAUUUUUGAUAAAUACAAAAGAUGAAAAAACUUCAACUUUUUGACCAAAAUCAUGGACUAUCCCCUUUGCAAAAAUGCCAAUUUUGCCUUCUUUUUAAAUCCAUGUUUAUAUUUUCUAGGAAGGCUUAUUUUCUAACGCGAACGUCACCAAAUACUUUUUCUGGGUGUAUUUUGCAUAAAACGAAACGUUCACAAAAUUUCCAAUUUUUGACCAAAACCAUGGACUAACCCCUCAGCAAAAAUACCAAUUUUGUGGGUUUUUGAAACCGAUUACAAAAACCGGUUACCGGGGAUUACAGAGGAUUAUAGAAACGUUUUUUCUAAAUAGAACGUUCCCAGAUAUUUUUUCUUAGUCUAUUUUGCAUAAAAAUCAAAGUUAAAGAAAUCUCUAAUUUUUCAUCAAAACGAUGGACUAACAGCUUUGGAAAAAUUCUAAUUUUGCGUUUUUCGUAAACAGUUGUUUUUAUAGGCUUUAAAAGCUUUCUUUUUCUCUAGAACGUCAGGAAACACUUUUUCUCGAUCUAUUUUUGAUAAAUACAAAAGAUGAAAAAACUUCAACCUUUUGACCAAAAUCAUGGACUAUCCCCUUUGCAAAAAGGCCAAUUUUGCCUUCUUUUUAAAUCCAUGUUUAUAUUGUCUACGAAGGCUUGUUUUCUAACGAGAAGGUCACCAAAUACUUUUUGUGGGUGUAUUUUGCAUAAAACAAACGUUCACAAAAUUUCCAAUUUUUGACCAAAACCAUGGACUAACCACUUUGCAAAAAUGCCGAUUUUGUGGGUUUUUGAAACCGAUGUUUUUCUUGUUCAGAAAGGCUUGUUUGCUAUAUAAAACGUCGAAAAUCAUUUUUUCACGAUUUCUUUUCACGAUCUAUGACAUGGGAAUACAGGGGGUUACAAGGGAUUACAGGGGGUUACAAGGGGUUACAAGGGGUUACUAGAGGUUACAGGGGGUUACAAGGAGUUACAAGGGGCGACAGGGGGAGACAAGGGGUUACAGGGGAUUACAAAGGAUUAUCGAAACUUUUUCUAACUAGAACGUUCCCAGAUACAUUAUCUUGGUCUAUUUUGAAUAAAAAUCAAAGUUAAAGAAAUAUCUAAUUUUUGAUCAAAACGAUGGACUAACCCCUUUGGAAAAAUUCUAAUUUUGCGUUUUUCGUAAACAGUUGUUUUUAUAGUCUUUAAAGGCUUUCUUUUUAUCUAGAACUUCAGCAAACACUUUUUCUCGGUCUAUUUUUGAUAAAUACAAAAGAUGAAAAAACUUCAUCUUUUUGACCAAAAUCAUGGACUAUCCCCUUUGCAAAAAUGCCAAUUUUCCCUUCUUUUUAAAUCCAACUUUAUACUGUCUAGACAGGCUUGUUUUCUAACGACAACGUCACCAAAUACUUUUUCUGGGUGUAUUUUGCAUAAAACGAAACGUUCACAAAAUUUCCAAUUUUUGACCGAAACCAUGGACUAACCCCUUUGCAAAAAUGCCAAUUUUGUGGGUUUUUGAAACCGAUGUUUUUCUUGUUUAGAAAGGCUUGUUUGCUAUAUAAAACGUCGAAAAUCGUUUUUUCACGAUUUAUUUUCACUAUCUAUGACAUGGGAAUACAGGGGGUUACAAGGGGUUACAAGGGGUUACAAGGGGUUACAGGGGGUUACAAGGGGUUAAAAGGGGUGACAGGGGGUGACAAGGGGUGACAGGGGGUUACAAAGGAUUAUAGAAACUUUUUUCUAACUAGAACGUUCCCAGAUACUUUUCCUUGGUCUAUUUUGCAUAAAAAUCAAAGUUGAAGAAAUCUCUAAUUUUUGAUCUAAACGAUGGACUAACCCCUUUGGAAAAAUUCUAAUUUUGCGUUUUUCGUAAACAGUUGUUUUUAUAGUCUUUAAAGGCUUCUUUUUUAUCUAGAACGUCAGCAAACACUUUUUCUCGAUCUAUUUUUGAUAAAUACAAAAGAUGAAAAGACUUUAACUUUUUAACCAAAAUCAUGAACUAUCCCCUGUGCAAAAAUGCCAAUUUUCCCUUCUUUUUAAAUCCAUCUUUAUACUGUCUAGAAAGGCUUGUUUUCUAACGGAUAUGUCACCGAAUACUUUUUCUGGCUGUAUUUUGCAUAAAACGAAACGUUCACAAAAUUUCCAAUUUUUGAACAAAACCAUGGACUAACCCCUUUCCAAAAAUGCCAAUUUUGUGGGUUUUUGAAUCCGAUGUUUUUCUUGUUCAGAAAGGCUUGUUUGCUAUGUAAAACGUCGAAAAUCGAUUUUUCACGAUUUAUUUUCACGAUCUAUGACAUGGGAAUACACGCGGUUAAAGGGGGUUACAAGGGGUUACAAGGGGUUACAGGGGGUUACAAGGGGUUACAAAGGGCGACAGGGGGAGAUAAGGGGUUACAGGGGGUUACAAAGGAUUAUAGAAACUUUUUUCUAACUAGAACGUUCCGAGAUACUUUUUCUUGGUAUAUUUUGCAUAAAAAUCAAAGUUAAAGAAAUCUCUAAUUUUUGAUCUAAACGAUGCACUAUCCACUUUGGAAAAAUUCUAAUUUUCCGUUUUUCGUAAACAGUUGUUUUUAUAGUCUUUAAAGGCUUCUUUUUUAUCUAGAACGUCAGCAAACACUUUUUCUCGAUCUAUUUUUGAUAAAUGCAAAACAUGAAAAAACUUCACCUUUUUGACCAAAAUCAUGGACUAUCCCCUUUGCAAAAAUGCCAAUUUUGCCUUUUUUUUAAAUCCAUGUUAAUAUUGUCUAGAAAGGCUUGUUUUCUAACGGGAACGUCACCAAAUACUUUUUCUGGGUGUAUUUCAAUAAAACGAAACGUUCACACAAUUUCCAAUUUUUGACCAAAACCAAGGACUAACCCCUUUGCAAAAAUGCCAAUUUUGUGGGUGUUUGAAACCGAUUAGAAAAACCGGUUACAGGGUGUUAUAAAGGAUUAUAGAAACGUUUUUGUAAAUAGAACGUUCCCAGAUACUUUUUCUUGGUCUAUUUUGCAUAGAAAUCAAAGUUAAAGAAAUCUCUAAUUUUUGAUCAAAACGAUGGACUAACCCCUUUGGAAAAAUUCUAAUUUUGCGUUUUUCGUAAACACUUGUUUUUAUAGUCUUUAAAGACUUCUUUUUUAUCUAGAACGUCAGCAAACACUUUUUCUCGAUCUAUUUUUGAUAAAUACAAAAGAUGAAAAAACUUCAACUUUUUGACCAAAAUCAUGGAAUAUCCCCUCAGCAAAAAUGCCAAUUUUGCCUUCUUUUUAAAUCCAUGUUUAUAUUUUCUAGGAAGGCUUAUUUUCUAACGAGAACGUCACCAAAUAGUUUUUCUGGAUGUAUUUUGCAGAAAAAGAAACGUUCACAAAAUUUCCAAUUUUUGACCGAAACCAUGGACUAGGCAUUUUGCAAAAAUGUCAAUUUUGUGGGUUUUUGAAACCGAUGUUUUUCUUGUUCAGAAAGGCUUGUUUACUAUAUAAAACGUCGAAAAUCGUUUUUUCACGUUUUAUUUUCACGAUCUAUGACAUGGAAAUACAGGGGGUUACAAGGGGUUACAGAGGGUUACAAGGGGUUACAAGGGGUUACAGGGGGUUACAAGGGGUUACAGCGGGUUUCAAGGGGUUACAAGGGGUUACAAGGGGUUACAGGGGGUUACAAGGGGUUACAAGGGGCGACAGGGGGAGAUAACGGGUUACAGGGGGUUACAAAGGAUUAUAGAAACUUUUUUCUAACUAGAACGUUCCCAGAUACUUUUUCUUGGUCUAUUUUGCAUAAAAAUCAAAGUUAAAGAAAUCUCUAAUUUUUGAUCUAAACGAUGCACUAUCCACUUUGGAAAAAUUCUAAUUUUCCGUUUUUCGUAAACAGUUGUUUUUAUAGUCUUUAAAGGCUUCUUUUUUAUCUAGAACGUCAGCAAACACUUUUUCUCGAUCUAUUUUUGAUAAAUACAAAAGAUGAAAAAACUUCAACUUUUUAACCAAAAUCAUGCACUAUCCCCUUUGCAAAAAUGCCAAUUCUGCGUUCUUUUUAAAUCCAUGUUUAUAUUGUCUAGAAAGAAUUGUUUUCUAACGGGAACGUCCCCAAAUACUUUUUGUGGGUGUAUUUUGCAUAAAACGAAACGUUCACAAAAUUUCAACUUUUUGACCAAAACCAUGGCCUAACCCCUUUGCAAAAAUGCAAAUUUUGUGGGUUUUUGAAACCGAUGUUUUUCUUGUUCAGAAAGGCUUGUUUGCUAUAUAAAACGUCGAAAAUCAUUUUUUCACGAUUUAUUUUCACAAUCUAUGACAUGGGAAUACAGGGGGUUACAAGGGAUUACAGGGGGUUACAAGGGGUUAUAAGGGGUUACAAGGGGUUACAAGGGGUUACAAGAAGUUACAAGGGGUUACAGGGGGUUACAAGGGGUUACAAGAGGUGACAGGGGGUGACAAGGCGUUACAGGGGGUUACAAAGGAUUAUAGAAACUUUUUCUAACUAGAACGUUCCCAGAUACUUUUUCUUGGUCUAUUUUGCAUAAAAAUCAAACUUAAAGAAAUCUCUAAUUUUUGAUCAAAACGAUGGACUAACCCCUUUGGAAAAAUUCUAAUUUUCCGUUUUUCGUAAACAGUUGUUUUUAUAGUCUUUAAAGGCUUCUUUUUUAUCUAGAACGUCAGCAAACACUUUUUCUCGAUCUAUUUUUGAUAAAUACAAAGAUGAAAAAACUUCAACUUUUUGACCAAAAUCAUGGACUAUCCCCUUUGCAAAAAUGCCAAUUUUGCCUUCUUUUUAAAUCCAUGUUUAUAUUGUCUAGAAAGGCUUCUUUUCUAACGACAACGUCACCAAAUACUUUUUGUGGGUGUAUUGUGCAUAAAACGAAACGUUCACAAAAUUUCCAAUUUUUGACCAAAACCAUGGACUAACCCCUUUGCAAAAAUACCAAUUUUGUGGGUUUUUGAAACCGAUUACAAAAACCGGUUACAGGGGGUUACAAAGGAUUAUAGAAACGUUUUUCUAAAUAGAACGUUCCCAGAUACUUUUUCUUGGUCUAUUUUUCAUAAAAAUCAAAGUUAAAGAACUCUUUAAUUUUUGAUCAAAACGAUGGACUAACCCCUUUGGAAAAAUUCUAAUUUUGCGUUUUUCGUAAACAGUUGUUUUUAUAGUCUUUAAAGGCCUCUUUUUUAUCUAGAACUUUAGCAAAUACUUUUUCUCGAUCUAUUUUUGAUAAAUACAAAAGAUGAAAAAACUUCAACUUUUUGACCAAAAUCAUGGACUAUCCCCUUUGCAAAAAUGCCAAUUUUGCCUUCUUUUUAAAUCCAUGUUUAUAUUGUCUAGGAAGGCUUGUUUUUUAACGAGAAGGUCACCAAAUACUUUUUGUGGGUGUAUUUUGCAUAAAACGAAACGUUCACAAAAUUUCCAAUUUUUGACCAAAACCAUGGACUAACCCCUCAGCAAAAAUACCAAUUUUGUGGGUUUUUGAAACCGAUUACAAAAACCGGUUACCGGGGAUUACAAAGGAUUAUAGAAACGUUUUUCUAAAUAGAACGUUCCCAGAUACUUUUUCUUGGUCUAUUUUGCAUAAAAAUCAAAGUUAAAGAAAUCUCUAAUUUUUGAUCAAAACGAUGGACUAACCCCUUUGGAAAAAUUCUAAUUUUGCGUUUUUUGCAAACAGUUGUUUUUAUAGUCUUUAAAAGCUUUCUUUUUAUCUAGAACGUCAGCAAACACUUUUUCUCGAUCUAUUUUUGAUAAAUACAAAAGAUGAAAAAACUUCAACCUUUUGACCAAAAUCAUGGACUAUCCCCUUUGCAAAAAUGCCAAUUUUGCCUUCUUUUUAAAUCCACGUUAAUAUUGUCUAGGAAGGGUUGUUUUCUAACGAGAAGGUCACCAAAUACUUUUUGUAGGUGUAUUUUGCAUAACACGAAACGUUCACAAAAUUUCCAAUUUUUGACCAAAACCAUGGACUAACCCCUUUGCAAAAAUACCAAUCUUGUGGGUUUUUGAAACCCAUUACAAAAACCGGUUACAGGGGAUUACAAAGGAUUAUAGAAACGUUUUUCUAAAUAGAACGUUCCCAGAUACUUUUUCUUGGUCUAUUUUGCAUAAAAAUCAAAGUUAAAGACAUCUCUAAUUUUUGAUCAAAACGAUCGACUAACCCCUUUGGAAAAAUUCUAAUUUUGCGUUUUUCGUAAACAGUUGUUUUUAUAGUCUUUAAAGGCCUCUUUUUUAUCUAGAACUUUAGCAAAUACUUUUUCUCGAUCUAUUUUUGAUAAAUACAAAAGAUGAAAAAAACUUCAACUUUUUGACCAAAAUCAUGGACUAUCCCCUUUGCAAAAAUGCCAAUUUUGCCUUCUUUUUAAAUCCAUGUUUAUAUUGUCUAGGAAGGCUUGUUUUUUAACGAGAAGGUCACCAAAUACUUUUUGUGGGUGUAUUUUGCAUAAAACGAAACGUUCACAAGAUUUCCAAUUUUUGACCAAAACCAUGGACUAACCCCUUAGCAAAAAUACCAAUUUUGUGGGUUUUUGAAACCGAUUACAAAAACCGGUUACCGGGGAUUACAAAGGAUUAUAGAAACGUUUUUCUAAAUAGAACGUUCCCAGAUACUUUUUCUUAGUCUAUUUUGCAUAAAAAUCAAAGUUAAAGAAAUCUCUAAUUUUUGAUCAAAACGAUGGACUAACCCCUUUGGAAAAAUUCUAAUUUUGCGUUUUUUGCAAACAGUUGUUUUUAUAGUCUUUAAAAGCUUUCUUUUUAUCUAGAACGUCAGCAAACACUUUUUCUCGAUCUAUUUUUGAUAAAUACAAAAGAUGAAAAAACUUCAACCUUUUGACCAAAAUCAUGGACUAUCCCCUUUGCAAAAAUGCCAAUUUUGCCUUCUUUUUAAAUCCAUGUUUAUAUUGUCUAGGAAGGCUUGUUUUCUAACGAGAAGGUCACCAAAUACUUUUUGUGGGUGUAUUUUGCAUAAAACGAAACGUUCACAAAAUUUCCAAUUUUUGACCAAAACCAUGGACUAACCCCUUAGCAAAAAUAGCAAUCUUGUGGGUUUUUGAAACCGAUUACAAAAACCGGUUACAGGGGGUUACAAAGGAUUAUAGAAACGUUUUUCUAAAUAGAACGUUCCCAGAUACUUUUUCUUGGUCUAUUUUGCAUAAAAAUCAAACUUAAAGAAAUCUCUAAUUUUUGAUCAAAACGAUGGACUAACCCCUUUGGAAAAAUUCUAAUUUUGCGUUUUUCGUAAACAGUUGUUUUUAUAGUCUUUAAAGGCUUUCUUUUUAUCUAGAACAUCAGCGAACACUUUUUCUCGAUCUAUUUUUGAUAAAUACAAAAGGUGAAAAACCUUCAACCUGUUGACCAAAAUCAUGGACUAUCCCCUUUGCAAAAAUGCCAAUUUUGCCUUCUUUUUAAAUCCAUGUUUAUAUUGUCUAGGAAGGCUUGUUUUCUAACGAGAAGGUCACCAAAUACUUUUUGUGGGUGUAUUUUGCAUAAAACGAAACGUUCACAAAAUUUCCAAUUUUUGACCAAAACCAUGGACUAACCCCUUAGCAAAAAUACCAAUCUUGUGGGUUUUUGAAACCGAUUACAAAAACCGGUUACCGGGGAUUACAAAGGAUUAUAGAAACGUUUUUCUAAAUAGAACGUUCCCAGAUACUUUUUCUUAGUCUAUUUUGCAUAAAAAUCAAAGUUAAAGAAAUCUCUAAUUUUUGAUCAAAACGAUGGACUAACCCCUUUGGAAAAAUUCUAAUUUUCCGUUUUUCGUAAACAGUUGUUUUUAUAGUCUUUAAAGGCUUCUUUUUUAUCUAGAACGUCAGCAAACACUUUUUCUCGAUCUAUUUUUGAUAAAUACAAAACAUGAAAAAACUUCACCUUUUUGACCAAAAUCAUGGACUAUCCCCUUUGCAAAAAUGCCAAUUUUGCCUUCUUUUUAAAUCCAUGUUUAUAUUUUCUAGGAAGGCUUAUUUUCUAACGAGAACGUCACCAAAUACUUUUUGUGGGUGUAUUUUGCAGAAAAAGAAACGUUCACAAAAUUUCCAAUUUUUGACCAAAACCAUGGACUAACCCCUUUGCAAAAAUGUCAAUUUUGUGGGUUUUUGAAACCGAUGUUUUUCUUGAUCAGAAAGGCUUGUUUGCUAUAUAAAACGUCGAAAAUCGUUUUUUCACGUUUUAUUUUCACGAUCUAUGACAUGGGAAUACAGAGGGUUACAAGGGGUUACAGGGGGUUACAAGGGGUUACAAGGGGUUACAGCGGGUUACAAGGGGUUACAGGGGGUUUCAAGGGGUUACAAGGGGCGACAGGGGGUGAUAAGGGGUUACAGGGGGUUACAAAGGAUUAUAGAAACUUUUUUCUAACUAGAACGUUCCCAGAUACUUUUUCUUGGUCUAUUUUCCAUAAAAAUCAAACUUAAAGAAAUCUCUAAUUUUGGAUCUAAACGAAGGACUAACCCCUUUGGAAAAAUUCUAAUUUUGCGUUUUUCGUAAACAGUUGUUUUUAUAGUCUUUAAAGGCUUCUUUUUUUAUCUAGAACGUCAGCAAACACUUUUUCUCGAUCUAUUUUUGAUAAAUACAAAAGAUGAAAAAUCUUCAAUUUUUUGACCAAAAUCAUGGACUAUCCCCUUUGCAAAAAUGCCAAUUUUGCCUUCUUUUUAAAUCCAUGUUUAUAUUGUCUAGAAAGGCUUGUUUUCUAACGACAACGUCACCAAAUACUUUUUCUGGGUGUAUUUUGCAUAAAACGAAACGUUCACAAAAUUUCCAAUUUUUGACCAAAACCAUGGACUAACCCCUUUGCAAAAAUGCCAAUUUUGUGGGUUUUUGAAACCGAUGUUUUUCUUGUUCAGAAAGGCUUGUUUGCUAUAUAAAACGUCGAAAAUCAUUUUUUCACGAUCUAUUUUCACAAUCUAUGAAAUGGGAAUACAGGGGGUUACAAGGGAUUACAGGGGGUUACAAGGGGUUACAAGGGGUUACAAGGGGUUACAAGGGGUUACAGGGGGUUACAAGGGGUUACAAGGGGUGACAGGGGGUUACAAGGGGUUACAGGGGGUUACAAAGAGUUAUAGAAACUUUUUCUAACUAGAACGUUCCCAGAUACUUUUUCUUGGUCUAUUUUGCAUAAAAAUCAAAGUUAAAGAAAUCUCUAAUUUUUGAUCAAAGCGAUGCACUAACCCCUUUGGAAAAAUUCUAAUUUUCCGUUUUUCGUAAACAGUUGUUUUUAUAGUCUUUAAAGGCUUCUUUUUUAUCUAGAACGUCAGCAAACACUUUUUCUCGAUCUAUUUUUGAUAAAUACAAACAUGAAAAAACUUCAACUUUUUGACCUAAAUCAUGGACUAUCCCCUUUGCAAAACUGCCAAUUUUGCCUUCUUUUUAAAUCCAUGUUUAUAUUGUCUAGAAAGGUUUCUUUUCUAACGACAACGUCACCAAAUACUUUUUGUGGGUGUAUUUUGCAUAAAAGGAAACGUUCACAAAAUUUCCAAUUUUUGACCAAAACCAUGGACUAACCCCUUUGCAAAAAUACCAAUUUUGUGGGUUUUUGAAACCGAUUACAAAAACCGGUUACAGCGGGUUACAAAGGAUUAUAGAAACGUUUUUCUAAAUAGAACGUUCCCAGAUACUUUUUCUUGGUCUAUUUUGCAUAAAAAUCAAACUUAAAGAAAUCUCUAAUUUUUGAUCAAAACGAUGGACUAACCCCUUUGGAAAAAUUCUAAUUUUGCGUUUUUCGUAAACAGUUGUUUUUAUUGUCUUUAAAGGCUUUCUUUUUAUCUAGAACAUCAGCGAACACUUUUUCUCGAUCUAUUUUUGAUAAAUACAAAACAUGAAAAAACUUCAACCUUUUGACCAAAAUCAUGGACUAUCCCCUUUGCAAAAAUGCCAAUUUUGCCUUCUUUUUAAAUCCAUGUUUAUAUUGUCUAGGAAGGCUUGUUUUCUAACGAGAAGGUCACCAAAUACUUUUUGUGGGUGUAUUUUGCAUAAAACGAAACGUUCACAAAAUUUCCAAUUUUUGACCAAAACCAUGGACUAACCCCUUAGCAAAAAUACCAAUUUUGUGGGUUUUUGAAACUGAUUACAAAAACCGGUUACCGGAGAUUACAAAGGAUUAUAGAAACGUUUUUCUAAAUAGAACGUUCCCAGAUACUUUUUCUUAGUCUAUUUUGCAUAAAAAUCAAAGUUAAAGAAAUCCCUAAUUUUUGAUCAAAACGAUGGACUAACCCCUUUGGAAAAAUUCUAAUUUUGCGUUUUACGUAAACAGUUGUUUUUAUAGUCUUUAAAAGCUUUCUUUUUAUCUAGAACGUCAGCAAACACUUUUUCUCAAUCUAUUUUUGAUAAAUACAAAAGAUGAAAAAACUUCAACCUUUUGACCAAAAUCAUGGACUAUCCCCUUUGCAAAAAUGCCAAUUUUGCCUUCUUUUUAAAUCCAUGUUUAUAUUGUCUAGGAAGGCUUGUUUUCUAACGAGAAGGUCACCAAAUACUUUUUGUGGGUGUAUUUUGCAUAAAACGAAACGUUCACAAAAUUUCCAAUUUUUGACCAAAACCAUGGACUAACCCCUUAGCAAAAAUACCAAUUUUGUGGGUUUUUGAAACCGAUUACAAAAACCGGUUACCGGGGAUUACAAAGGAUUAUAGAAACGUUUUUCUAAAUAGAACGUUCCCAGAUACUUUUUCUUAGUCUGUUUUGCAUAAAAAUCAAAGUUAAAGAAAUCUCUAAUUUUUGAUCAAAACGAUGGACUAACCCGUUUGGAAAAAUUCUAAUUUUGCGUUUUUCGUAAACAGUUGUUUUUAUAGUCUUUAAAAGCUUUCUUUUUAUCUAGAACGUCAGCAAACACUUUUUCUCGAUCUAUUUUUGAUAAAUACAAAAGAUGAAAAAACUUCAUCUUUUUGACCAAAAUCAUGGACUAUCCCCUUUGCAAAAAUGCCAAUUUUCCCUUCUUUUUAAAUCCAACUUUAUACUGUCUAGAAAGGCUUGUUUUCUAACGACAACGUCACCAAAUACUUUUUCUGGGUGUAUUUUGCAUAAAACGAAACGUUCACAAAAUUUCCAAUUUUUGACCGAAACCAUGGACUAACCCCUUUGCAAAAAUGCCAAUUUUGUGGGUUUUUGAAACCGAUGUUUUUCUUGUUUAGAAAGGCUUGUUUGCUAUAUAAAACGUCGAAAAUCGUUUUUUCACGAUUUAUUUUCACUAUCUCUGACAUGGGAAUACACGGGGUUACAAGGGGUUACAAGGGGUUACAAGCGGUUACAGGGGGUUACAAGGGGUUAAAAGGGGUGACAGGGGGUGAGAAGGGGUGACAGGGGGUUACAAAGGAUUAUAGAAACUUUUUUUUAACUAGAACGUUCCCAGAUACUUUUUCUUGGUCUAUUUUGCAUAAAAAUCAAAGUUGAAGAAAUCUCUAAUUUUUGAUCUAAACGAUGGACUAACCCCUUUGGAAAAAUUCUAAUUUUGAGUUUUUUGUAAACAGUAGUUUUUAUAGUCUUUAAAGGCUUCUUUUUUAUCUAGAACGUCAGCAAACACUUUUUCUCGAUCUAUUUUUGAUAAAUACAAAAGAUGAAAAGACUUUAACUUUUUAACCAAAAUCAUGGACUAUCCCCUUUGCAAAAAUGCCAAUUUUUCCUUCUUUUUAAAUCCAUCUUUAUACUGUCUAGGGAGGCUUGUUUUCUAACGGAAAUGUCACCAAAUACUUUUUCUGGAUGUAUUUUGCAUAAAACGAAACGUUCACAAAAUUUCCAAUUUUUCAACAAAACCAUGGACUAACCCCUUUCCAAAAAUGCCAAUUUUGUGGGUUUUUGAAACCGAUGUUUUUCUUGUUCAGAAAGGCUUGUUUGCUAUGUAAAACUUCGUAAAUCGAUUUUUCACGAUUUAUUUUCACGAUCUAUGACAUGGGAAUACACGGGGUUAAAGGGGGUUACAGGGGGUUACAAGGGGUUACAGAGGGUUACAAGGGGUUACAAGGGGCGACAGGGGGAGAUAAGGGGUUACAGGGGGUUACAAAGGAUUAUAAAAACUUUUUUCUAACUAGAACGUUCCCAGAUACUUUUUCGUGGUCUAUUUUCCAUCAAAAUCAAACUUAAAGAAAUCUCUAAUUUUUGAUCUAAACCAUGCACUAUUCACUUUGGAAAAAUUCUAAUUUUCCGUUUUUCGUAAACAGUUGUUUUUAUAGUCUUUAAAGGCUUCUUUUUUAUCUCGAACGUCAGCAAACACUUUUUCUCGAUCUAUUUUUUAUAAAUACAAAACAUGAAAAAACUUCACCUUUUUGACCAAAAUCAUGGACUAUCCCCUUUGCAAAAAUGCCAAUUUUGCCUUCUUUUUAAAUCCAUGUUUAUAUUGUCUAGAAAGGUUUGUUUUCUAACGGGAACGUCACCAAAUACUUUUUCUGGGUGUAUUUUAAUAAAACGAAACGUUCACACAAUUUCCAAUUUUUGACCAAAACCAUGGACUAACCCCUUUGCAAAAAUGCCAAUUUUGUGGGUGUUUGAAACCGAUUAGAAAAACCGGAUACAGGGUGUUCCAAAGGAUUAUAGAAACUUUUUUCUAACUAGAACGUUCCCAGAUACUUUUACUUGGUCUAUUUUCCAUAAAAAUCAAACUUAAAGAAAUCUCUAAUUUUUGAUCUAAAUGAUGCACUAUCCACUUUGGAAAAAUUCUAAUUUUCCGUUUUUCGUAAACAGUUGUUUUUAUAGUCUUUAAAGGCUUCUUUUUUAUCUAGAACGUCAGCAAACGCUUUUUCUCGAUCUAUUUUUGAUAAAUACAAAAGAUGAAAAAACGUUAACUUUUUGACCAAAAUCAUGGAAUAUCCCCUCAGCAAAAAUGCCAAUUUUGCCUUCUUUUUAAAUCCAUGUUUAUAUCUUCUAGGAAGGCUUAUUUUCUAACGAGAACGUCACCAAAUAGUUUUUCUGGGUGUAUUUUGCAGAAAAAGAAACGUUCACAAAAUUUCCAAUUUUUGACCAAAACCAUGGACUAACCCCUUUGCAAAAAUGUCAAUUUUGUGGGUUUUUGAAACCGAUGUUUUUCUUGUUCAGAAAGGCUUGUUUGCUAUAUAAAACGUCGAAAAUCGUUUUUUCACGUUUUAUUUUCACGAUCUAUGACAUGGGAAUACAGGGGGUUACAAGGGGUUACAGGGGGUUACAAGGGGUUACAAGGGGUUACAGGGGGUUACAAGGGGUUACAGGGGGUUUCAAGGGGUUACAAGGGGCGACAGGGGGUGAUAAGGGGUUACAGGGGGUUACAAAGGAUUAUAGAAACUUUUUUCUAACUAGAACGUUCCCAGAUACUUUUUCUUGGUCUAUUCUGCAUAAAAAUCAAACUUAAAGAAAUCUCUAAUUUUUGAUCUAAACGAUGGACUAACCCCUUUGGAAAAAUUCUAAUUUUCCGUUUUUCGUAAACAGUUGUUUUUAUAGUCUCUAAAGGCUUCUUUUUUAUCUAGAACGUCAGCAAACACUUUUUCUCGAUCUAUUUUUGAUAAAUACAAAAGAUGAAAAAUCUUCAACUUUUUGACCAAAAUCAUGGACUAUCCCCUUUGCAAAAAUGCGAAUUUUGCCUUCUUUUUAAAUCCAUGUUUAUAUUGUCUACGAAGGCUUGUUUUCUAACGACAACGUCACCAAAUACUUUAUCUGGGUGUAUUUUGCAUAAAACGAAACGUUCACAAAAUUUCCAACUUUUGACCAAAACCAUGGACUAACCCCUUUGCAAAAAUGCCAAUUUUGUGGGUUUUUGAAACCGAUGUUUUUCUUGUUCAGAAAGGCUUGUUUGCUAUAUAAAACGUCGAAAAUCAUUUUUUCACGAUUUAUUUUCACAAUCUAUGACAUGGGAAUACAGGGGGUUACAAGGGAUUACAGGGGGUUACAAGGGGUUACAAGGGGUUACAAGGGGUUACAGGGGGUUACAAGGGGUUACAAGGGGUGACAGGGGGUUACAAGGGGUUACAGGGGGUUACAAAGGAUUAUAGAAACUUUUUCUAACUAGAACGUUCCCACAUACUUUUUCUUGGUAUAUUUUGCAUAAAAAUCAAAGUUAAAGAAAUCUCUAAUUUUUGAUCUAAACGAUGCACUAUCCACUUUGGAAAAAUUCUAAUUUUCCGUUUUUCGUAAACAGUUGUUUUUAUAGUCUUUAAAGGCUUCUUUUUUAUCUAGAACGUCAGCAAACACUUUUUCUCGAUCUAUUUUUGAUAAAUACAAAAGAUGAAAAAUCUUCAACUUUUUGACCAAAAUCAUGGACUAUCUCCUUUGCAAAAAUGCCAAUUUUGCCUUCUUUUUAAAUCCAUGCUUAUAUUGUCUAGAAAGGCUUGUUUUCUAACGACAACGUCACCAAAUACUUUCUCUGGGUGUAUUUUGCAUAAAACGAAACGUUCUCAAAAUUUCCAACUUUUGACCAAAACCAUGGACUAACCCCUUUGCAAAAAUGCCAAUUUUGUGGGUUUUUGAAACCGAUGUUUUUCUUGUUCAGAAAGGCUUCUUUGCUAUAUAAAACGUCGAAAAUCAUUUUUUCACGAUUUAUUUUCACAAUCUAUGACAUGGGAAUACAGGGGGUUACAAGGGAUUACAGGGGGUUACAAGGGGUUACAAGGGGUUACAAGGGGUUACAGGGGGUUACAAGGGGUUACAAGAGGUGACAGGGGGUUACAAGGGGUUACAGGGGGUUACAAAGGAUUAUAGAAACUUUUUCUAACUAGAACGUUCGCACAUACUUUUUCUUGGUAUAUUUUGCAUAAAAAUCAAAGUUAAAGAAAUCUCUAAUUUUUGAUCUAAACGAUGCAAUAUCCACUUUGGAAAAAUUCUAAUUUUCCGUUUUUCGUAAACAGUUGUUUUUAUAGUCUUUAAAGGCUUCUUUUUUAUCUAGAACGUCAGCAAACACUUUUUCUCGAUCUAUUUUUGAUAAAUACAAAAGAUGAAAAAUCUUCAACUUUUUGACCAAAAUCAUGGACUAUCUCCUUUGCAAAAAUGCCAAUUUUGCCUUCUUUUUAAAUCCAUGCUUAUAUUGUCUAGAAAGGCUUGUUUUCUAACGACAACGUCACCAAAUACUUUUUCUGGGUGUAUUUUGCAUAAAACGAAACGUUCACAAAAUUUCCAACUUUUGACCAAAACCAUGGACUAACCCCUUUGCAAAAAUGCCAAUUUUGUGGGUUUUUGAAACCGAUGUUUUUCUUGUUCAGAAAGGCUUCUUUGCUAUAUAAAACGUCGAAAAUCAUUUUUUCACGAUUUAUUUUCACAAUCUAUGACAUGGGAAUACAGGGGGUUACAAGGGAUUACAGGGGGUUACAAGGGGUUACAAGGGGUUACAAGGUGUUACAGGGGGUUACAAGGGGUUACAAGAGGUGACAGGGGGUUACAAGGGGUUACAGGGGGUUACAAAGGAUUAUAGAAACUUUUUCUAACUAGAACGUUCGCACAUACUUUUUCUUGGUAUAUUUUGCAUAAAAAUCAAAGUUAAAGAAAUCUCUAAUUUUUAAUCUAAACGAUGCACUAUCCACUUUGGAAAAAUUCUAAUUUUCCGUUUUUCGUAAACAGUUGUUUUUAUAGUCUUUAAAGGCUUCUUUUUUAUCUAGAACGUCAGCAAACACUUUUUCUCGAUCUAUUUUUGAUAAAUACAAAACAUGAAAAAACUUUACCUUUUUGACCAAAAUCAUGGACUAUCCCCUUUGCAAAAAUGCCAAUUUUGCCUUCUUUUUAAAUCCAUGCUUAUAUUGUCUAGAAAGGCUUAUUUUUCUAACGGGAACGUCACCAAAUACUUUUUCUGGGUGUAUUUCAAUAAAACGAAACGUUCACACAAUUUCCAAUUUUUGACCAAAACCAUGGACUAACCCCUUUGCAAAAAUGCCAAUUUUGUGGGUGUUUGAAACCGAUUAGAAAAACCGGUUACAGGGUGUUACAAAGGAUUAUAGAAACGUUUUUCUAAAUAGAACGUUCCCAGAUACUUUUUCUUGGUCUAUUUUGCAUAAAAAUCAAAGUUAAAGAAACCUCUAAUUUUUGAUCAAAACGAUGGACUAACCCGUUUGGAAAAAUUCUAAUUCUGCGUUUUUCGUAAACACUUGUUUUUAUAGUCUUUAAAAACUUCUUUUUUAUCUAGAACGUCAGCAAACACUUUUUCUCGAUCUAUUUUUGAUAAAUACAAAAGAUGAAAAAACUUCAACUUUUUGACCAAAAUCAUGGAAUAUCCCCUCAGCAAAAAUGCCAAUUUUGCCUUCUUUUCUGGGUGUAUUUUGCAGAAAAAGAAACGUUCACAAAAUUUCCAAUUUUUGACCAAAACCAUGGACUAACCCCUUUGCAAAAAUGUCAAUUUUGUGGGUUCUUGAAACCGUUGUUUUUCUUGUUCAGAAAGGCUUGUUUGCUAUAUAAAACGUCGAAAAUCGUUUUUUCACGUUUUAUUUUCACGAUCUAUGACAUAGGAAUACAGGGGGUUACAAGGGGUUACAGGGGGUUACAAGGGGUUACAAGGGGUUACAGGGGGUUACAAGGGGUUACAGGGGGUUUCAAGGGGUUACAAGGGGCGACAGGGGGUGAUAAGGGGUUACAGGGGGUUACAAAGGAUUAUAGAAACUUUUUUCUAACCAGAACGUUCCCAGAUACUUUUUCUUGGUCUAUUUUGCAUAAAAAUCAAACUUAAAGAAAUCUCGAAUUUUUGAUCAAAACGAUGGACUAACCCCUUUGGAAAAAUUCUAAUUUUGCGUUUUUCGUAAACAGUUGUUUUCAUAGUCUUUAAAGGCUUCUUUUUUAUCUAGAACGUCAGCAAACACUUUUUCUCGAUCUAAUUUUGAUAAAUACAAAAGAUGAAAAAACUUCAACUUUUUGACCAAAAUCAUGGAAAAAUGCAAAAAUGCCAAUUUGCAAAUUUUCAAAAAUGCCAAUUUGCAAAAAUGCCAAUUUUGCCUUCUUUUUAAAUCCAUGUUUAUAUUGUCUAGAAAGGCUUGUUUUCUAACGAGAACGUCACCAAAUACUUUUUCUGGGUGUAUUUUGCAUAAAACGAAACCUUCACAAAAUUUCAAAUUUUUGACCAAAACCAUGGACUAAAGCCUUUGAAAAAGUGCCAAUUUUGUGGGUUUUUGAAACCGAUGUUUUUCUUGUUCAGAAAGGCUUGUUUGCUAUAUAAAACGUGGAAAAUCAUUUUUUCACGAUUUAAUUUCACGAUCUAUGACAUGGGAAUACAGGGGGUUACAAGGGGUUACAGGGGGUUACAAGGGGUUACAAGGGGUGACAGGGGGUGACAAGCGGUAACAGGGGGUUACAACGGGUUACAAGGGGUGACAGGGGGUUACAAGGGGUUACAGGGGGUUACAAAGGAUUAUAGAAACUUUUUCUAACUAGAACGUUCCCAGAUACUUUUUCUUGGUCUAUUUUGCAUAAAAAUCAAAGUUAAAGAAAUCUCUAAUUUUUGAUCAAAACGAUGGACUAACCCCUUUGGAAAAAUUCUAAUUUUUCGUUUUUCGUAAACAGUUGUUUUUAUAGUCUUUAAAGACUUCUUUUUUAUCUAGACCGUCAGCAAACACUUUUUCUCGAUCUAUUUUUGAUAAAUACAAAAGAUGAAAAGACUUUAACUUUUUAACCAAAAUCAUGGACUAUCCCCUUUGCAAAAAUGCCAAUUUUCCCUUCUUUUUAACUCCAUCUUUAUACUGUCUAGAAAGGCUUGUUUUCUAACGGAAAUGUCACCAAAUAGUUUUUCUGGGUGUAUUUUGCAGAAAAAGAAACGUUCACAAAAUUUCCAAUUUUUAACCAAAACCAUGGACUAACCCCUUUGCAAAAAUAUCAAUUUUGUGGGUUUUUGAAACCGAUGUUUUUCUUGUUCAGAAAGGCUUGUUUUCUAUAUAAAACGUCGAAAAUCGUUUUUUCACGUUUUAUUUUCACGAUCUAUGACAUGGGAAUACAGGGGGUUACAAGGGGUUACAGGGGGUUACAAGGGGUUACAAGGGGUUACAGGGGGUUACAAGGGGUUACAGGGGGUUUCAAGGGGUUACAAGGGGCGACAGGGGGUGAUAAGGGGUUACAGGGGGUUACAAAGGAUUAUAGAAACUUUUUUCUAACCAGAACGUUCCCAGAUACUUUUUCUUGGUCUAUUUUGCAUAAAAAUCAAACUUAAAGAAAUCUCUAAUUUUUGAUCUAAACGAUGGACUAACCCCUUUGGAAAAAUUCUAAUUUUCCGUUUUUCGUAAACAGUUGUUUUUAUAGUCUUUAAAGGCUUCUUUUUUAUCUAGAACGUCAGCAAACACUUUUUCUCGAUCUAUUUUUAAUAAAUUCAAAAGAUGAAAAAUCUUCAACUUUUUGACCAAAAUCAUGGACUAUCCCCUUUGCAAAAAUGCCAAUUUUGCCUUCUUUUUAAAUCCAUGUUUAUAUUGUCUAGAAAGGCUUGUUUUCUAACGACAACGUCACCAAAUACUUUUUGUGGGUGUAUUUUGCAUAAAACGAAACGUUCACAAAAUUUCCAAUUUUUGACCAAAACCAUGGACUAACCCCUUUGCAAAAAUGCCAAUUUUGUGGGUUUUUGAAACCGAUGUUUUUCUUGUUCAGAAAGGCUUGUUUGCUAUAUAAAACGUCGAAAAUCAUUUUUUCACGAUUUAUUUUCACAAUCUAUGACAUGGGAAUACAGGGGGUUACAAGGGAUUAAAGGGGGUUACAAGGGGUUACAAGGGGUAACAAGGGGUUACAGGGGGUUACAAGGGGUUACAAGGGGUGACAGGGGAUUACAAGGGGUUACAGGGGGUUACAAAGGAUUAUAGAAACUUUUUCUAACUAGAACGCUCUCAGAUACUUUUUCUUGGUAUAUUUUGCAUAAAAAUCAAACUUAAAGAAAUCUCUAAUUUUUGAUCUAAACGAUGCACUAUCCACUUUGGAAAAAUUCUAAUUUUCCGUUUUUCGUAAACAGUUGUUUUUAUAGUCUUUAAAGGCUUCUUUUUUAUCUAGAACGUCAGCAAACACUUUUUCUCGAUCUAUUUUUGAUAAAUACAAAACAUGAAAAAACUUUACCUUUUUGACCAAAAUCAUGGACUAUCCCCUUUGCAAAAAUGCCAAUUUUGCCUUCUUUUUAAAUCCAUGUUUAUAUUGUCUAGAAAGGCUUAUUUUUCUAACGGGAACGUCACCAAAUACUUUUUCUGGGUGUAUUUCAAUAAAACGAAACGUUCACAAUUUCCAAUUUUUGACCAAAACCAUGGACUAACCCCUUUGCAAAAAUGCCAAUUUUGUGGGUGUUUGAAACCGAUUAGAAAAACCGGUUACAGGGUGUUACAAAGGAUUAUAGAAACGUUUUUCUAAAUAGAACGUUCCCAGAUACUUUUUCUUGGUCUAUUUUGCAUAAAAAUCAAAGUUAAAGAAACCUCUAAUUUUUGAUCAAAACGAUGGACUAACCCGUUUGGAAAAAUUCUAAAUCUGCGUUUUUCGUAAACACUUGUUUUUAUAGUCUUUAAAGACUUCUUUUUUAUCUAGAACGUCAGCAAACACUUUUUCUCGAUCUAUUUUUGAUAAAUACAAAAGAUGAAAAAACUUCAACUUUUUGACCAAAAUCAUGGAAUAUCCCCUCAGCAAAAAUGCCAAUUUUGCCUUCUUUUUAAAUCCAUGUUUAUAUUUUCUAGGAAGGCUUAUUUUCUAACGAGAACGUCACCAAAUAGUUUUUCUGGGUGUAUUUUGCAGAAAAAGAAACGUUCACAAAAUUUCCAAUUUUUGACCAAAACCAUGGACUAACCCCUUUGCAAAAAUGUCAAUUUUGUGGGUUUUUGAAACCGAUGUUUUUCUUGUUCAGAAAGGCUUGUUUCCUAUAUAAAACGUCGAAAUUCGUUUUUUCACGUUUUAUUUUCACGAUCUAUGACAUGGAAAUACAGGGGGUUACAAGGGGUUACAUUCGGUUACAAGAGGUUACAAGGGGUUACAGGGAGUUACAAGGGGUUACAGGGGGUUUCAAGGGGUUACAAGGGGCGACAGGAAGUGAUAAGGGGUUACAGGGGGUUACUAAGGAUUAUAGAAACUUUUUUCUAACUAGAACGUUCCCAGAUACUUUUUCUUGGUCUAUUUUGCAUAAAAAUCAAACUUAAAGAAAUCUCUAAUUUUUGAUCUAAACGAUGGACUAACCCCUUUGGAAAAAUUCUAAUUUUCCGUUUUUCGUAAACAGUUGUUUUUAUAGCUUUUAAAGGCUUCUUUUUUAUCUAGAACGUCAGCAAACACUUUUUGUCGAUCUUUUUUUGAUAAAUACAAAAGAUGAAAAAACUUCAACUUUUUGACCAAAAUCAUGGACUAUCCCCUUUGCAAAAAUGCCAAUUUUGCCUUCUUUUUAAAUCCAUGUUUAUAUUGUCUAGAAAGGCUUGUUUUCUAACGACAACGUCACCAAAUACUUUUUCUGGGUGUAUUUUGCAUAAAACGAAACGUUCACAAAAUUUCCAAUUUUUGACCAAAACCAUGGACUAACCCCUUUGCAAAAAUGCCAAUUUUGUGGGUUUUUGAAACCGAUGUUUUUCUUGUUCAGAAAGGCUUGUUUGCUAUAUAGAACGUCGAAAAUCAUUUUUUCACGAUUUAUUUUCACAAUCUAUGACAUGGGAAUACAGGGGGUUACAAGGGAUUACAGGGGGUUACAAGGGGUUACAAGGGGUUACAAGGGGUUACAGGGGGUUACAAGGGGUUACAAGGGGUUACAGGGGGUUACAAAGGAUUAUAGAAACUUUUUCUAACUAGAACGCUCCCAGAUACUUUUUCUUGGUAUAUUUUGCAUAAAAAUCAAACUUAAAGAAAUCUCUAAUUUUUGAUCUAAACGAUGCACUAUCCACUUUCGAAAAAUUCUAAUUUUCCGUUUUUCGUAAAAAGUUGUUUUUAUAGUCUUUAAAGGCUUCUUUUUUAUCUAGAACGUCAGCAAACACUUUUUCUCGAUCUAUUUUUGAUAAAUACAAAACAUGAAAAAACUUUACCUUUUUGAUCAAAAUCAUGGACUAUCCCCUUUGCAAAAAUGCCAAUUUUGCCUUCUUUUUAAAUCCAUGCUUAUAUUGUCUAGAAAGGCUUAUUUUUCUAACGAGAACGUCACCAAAUACUUUUUCUGGGUGUAUUUCAAUAAAACGAAACGUUCACACAAUUUCCAAUUUUUGACCAAAACCAUGGACUAACCCCUUUGCAAAAAUGCAAAUUUUGUGGGUGUUUGAAACCGAUUAGAAAAACCGGUUACAGGGUGUUACAAAGGAUUAUAGAAACGUUUUUCUAAAUAGAACGUUCCCAGAUACUUUUUCUUGGUCUAUUUUGCAUAAAAAUCAAAGUUAAAGAAACCUCUAAUUUUUGAUCAAAACGAUGGACUAACCCGUUUGGAAAAAUUCUAAAUCUGCGUUUUUCGUAAACACUUGUUUUUAUAGUCUUUAAAGACUUCUUUUUUAUCUAGAACGUCAGCAAACACUUUUUCUCGAUCUAUUUUUGAUAAAUACAAAAGAUGAAAAAACUUCAACUUUUUGACCAAAAUCAUGGAAUAUCCCCUCAGCAAAAAUGCCAAUUUUGCCUUCUUUUUAAAUCCAUGUUUAUAUUUUCUAGGAAGGCUUAUUUUCUAACGAGAACGUCACCAAAUAGUUUUUCUGGGUGUAUUUUGCAGAAAAAGAAACGUUCACAAAAUUUCCAAUUUUUGACCAAAACCAUGGACUAACCCCUUUGCAAAAAUGUCAAUUUUGUGGGUUUUUGAAACCGAUGUUUUUCUUGUUCAGAAAGGCUUGUUUGCUAUAUAAAACGUCGAAAAUCGUUUUUUCACGUUUUAUUUUCACGAUCUAUGACAUGGAAAUACAGGGGGUUACAAGGGGUUACAGGGGGUUACAAGGGGUUACAAGGAGUUACAGGGGGUUACAAGGGGUUACAGGGGGUUUCAAGGGGUUACAAGGGGCGACAGGGGGUGAUAAGGGGUUACAGGGGGUUACUAAGGAUUAUAGAAACUUUUUUCUAACUAGAACGUUCCCAGAUACUUUUUCUUGGUCUAUUUUGCAUAAAAAUCAAACUUAAAGAAAUCUCUAAUUUUUGAUCUAAACGAUGGACUAACCCCUUUGGAAAAAUUCUAAUUUUGCGUUUUUCGUAAAGAGUUGUUUUUAUAGUCUUUAAAGGCUUCUUUUUUAUCUAGAACGUCAGCAAACACUUUUUCUCGAUCUAUUUUUGAUAAAUACAAAAGAUGAAAAAACUUCAACUUUUUGACCAAAAUCAUGGACUAUCCCCUUUGCAAAAAUGCCAAUUUUGCCUUCUUUUUAAAUCCAUGUUUAUAUUGUCUAGAAAGGCUUGUUUUCUAACGACAACGUCACCAAAUACUUUUUCUGGGUGUAUUUUGCAUAAAACGAAACGUUCACAAAAUUUCCAAUUUUUGACCAAAACCAUGGACUAACCCCUUUGCAAAAAUGCCAAUUUUGUGGGUUUUUGAAACCGAUGUUUUUCUUGUUCAGAAAGGCUUGUUUGCUAUAUAAAACGUCGAAAAUCAUUUUUUCACGAUUUAUUUUCACAAUCUAUGACAUGGGAAUACAGGGGGUUACAAGGGAUUACAGGGGGUUACAAGGGGUUACAAGGGGUUACAAGGGUUUACAGGGGGUUACAAGGGGUUACAAGGGGUGACAGGGGGUUACAAGGGGUUACAGGGGGUUACAAAGGAUUAUAGAAACUUUUUCUAACUAGAACGUUCCCAGAUACUUUUUCUUGGUCUAUUUUGCAUAGAAAUCAAAGUUAAAGAAAUCUCUAAUUUUUGAUCAAAACGAUGGACUAACCCCUUUGGAAAAAUUCUAAUAUUGCGUUUUUAGUAAACAGUUGUUUUUAUAGUCUUUAAAGGCUUCUUUUUUAUCUAGAACGUCAGCAAACACUUUUUCUCGAUCUAUUUUUGAUAAAUACAAAAGAUGAAAAGACUUUAACUUUUUAACCAAAAUCAUGGACUAUCCCCUUUGCAAAAAUGCCAAUUUUCCCUUCUUUUUAACUCCAUCUUUAUACUGUCUAGAAAGGCUUGUUUUCUAACGGAAAUGUCACCAAAUACUUUUUCUGGGUGUAUUUUGCAUAAAACGAAACGUUCACAAGAUUUCCAAUUUUUGAACAAAACCAUGGACUAACCCCUUUCCAAAAAUGCUAAUUUUGUGGGUUUUUGAAACCGAUGUUUUUCUUGUUUAGAAAGGCUUGUUUGCUAUGUAAAACGUCGAAAAUCGAUUUUUCACGAUUUUUUUUCACGAUCUUUGACAUGGGAAUACAUGGGGUUAAAGGGGGUUACAAGGGGUUACAAGGGGUUACAGGGGGUUACAAGGGGUUACAAGGGGCGACAGGGGGUGAUAAGGGGUUACAGGGGGUUACAAAGGAUUAUAGAAACUUUUUUCUAACUAGAACGUUCCCAGAUACUUUUUCUUGGUCUAUUUUGCAUAAAAAUCAAAGUUAAAGAACUCUCUAAUUUUUGAUCUAAACGAUGCACUAUCCACUUUGGAAAAAAUCUAAUUUUCCGUUUUUCGUAAACAGUUGUUUUUAUAGUCUUUAAAGGCUUCUUUUUUAUCUAGAACGUCAGCAAACACUUUUUCUCGAUCUAUUUUUGAUAAAUACAAAACAUGAAAAAACUUCACCUUUUUGACCAAAAUCAUGGACUAUCCCCUUUGCAAUAAUGCCAAUUUUGCCUUCUUUUUAAAGGGACUGGUUCACGAUAAUGCGCAUGUGUGAGUUCUGACAGUAGCUGAUUGUUUUUCAACCAAUCGGAAGCGAGUUAGAUGCACGCAAGUAGAUUUACAAAAUUCAAAUUAAUUGUUCGCGACGCGAGAGUAUUUCCGGGCAUUUGGUUUGAAUUUAUUUAUCUCCAUAAUUCAAGUUUAUUCUUUGCUACUCCUCAGAUAUAUGUUGCAGCCGAUAAGAAUAAGAUUUACAGCCCUGUCUUGCUUUGAAACAAACAUUUACCAACGUGUAUUUUUACGAGGUCGUACCCACGCUAACAAAACAGUCACCGAUCGGCAAACAAAAUUUGUAAACAAACAUCUUAUUACUGUUCUCUCAGUUCGCCUUAUAUAAACCCAGAAAUACCUACAAAUAGCGCCUGACCGGUGACAAAAACACACAACGUAUGAGUAUAAAGAUUAUCCUUAAUUGAGCAUAAAUUUCAAUUGCUUAUCAGCAAAUGAACAAAUUCAUUCGCGUUGCAUCGGGUCAAUGUUCCGCAAAACAAAUGUUAUCGAGUAGCACACAUAAAGAAACUAGAUUAUAAACAGAAUAUUCAGGCAAUAAUUUAUUUUAAAAACAUCAAUUCUUAAACAUAUACGUUCGUAAAGCAAAGAUACAAGGAACAUUUCAAGUGUACCAGAUCGGUAAAGAUCGCGCGGCCUGUUGCGGUAUAACUACAGGUCGGAGUCAAAAAUCAAAUCAAAGUUGAACGAACUCAUGCCUUUAACCACUUUCCAAGGCUCGUGUAUUCUUUUCGUAUGCCACACACUACUCCUAGAACCAUACCAGUUCGAUAGGUUAAGCUUCUCUAUCUCCAGAGACUCUUGAGAACGUCCUGUUGCCGGACGGCCACGAUGCUUUUCUGAACCUCCAUAAUCAAAACAUUAUUUUUUGCGUCUUCUUAAAACGCAACCAGUCAAACGACACAACCACACGUUAAUCACCACUACCGAAGUAUAACUAGACCAGCCAAAGCGACGGAUGUCCGAAUAAAACGAAGGAUUUUCAAUGAUUGUACCGGUAAUGGCGAUUUCGAAUUUAGUGUUGACCCAACAAAUUUAUUCUGAAGAGACAAACGGCGCGCAUGCGCAUUAUCGUGAACCAGUCCCUUUAAAUCCAUGUUUAUAUUGUCUAGAAAGGCUUGUUUUCUAACGGGAACGUUACCAAAUACUUUUUCUGGGUGUAUUUCAAAAAAACGAAACGUUCACACAAUUUCCAAUUUUUGACCAAAACCAUGGACUAACCCCUUUCCAAAAAUGCCAAUUUUGUGGGUGUUUGAAACCGAUUAGAAAAACCGGUUACAGGGUGUUACAAAGGAUUAUAGAAACCUUUUUCUAAAUAGAACGUUCCCAGAUACUUUUUCUUGGUCUAUUUUGCAUAAAAAUCAAAGUUAAAGAAAUCUCUAAUUUUUGAUCAAAACGAUGGACUAACCCGUUUGGAAAAAUUCUAAAUCUGCGUUUUUCGUAAACACUUGUUUUUAUAGUCUUUAAUGACUUCUUUUUUAUCUAGAACGUAAGCAAACACUUUUUCUCGAUCUAUUUUUGAUAAAUACAAAAGAUGAAACAACUUCAACUUUUUGACCAAAAUCAUGGACUAUCCCCUCAGCAAAAAUGCCGAUUUUGCCUUCUUUUUAAAUCCAUGUUUAUAUUUUCUAGGAAGGCUUAUUUUCUAACGAGAACGUCACCAAAGAGUUUUUCUGGGUGUAUUUUGCAGAAAAAGAAACGUUCACAAAAUUUCCAAUUUUUGACCAAAACCAUGGACUAACCCCUUUGCAAAAGUGUCAAUUUUGUGGGUUUUUGAAACCGAUGUUUUUCUUAUUCAGAAAGGCUUGUUUGCUAUAUAAAACGUCGAAAAUCGUUUUUUCACGUUUUAUUUUCACGAUCUAUGACAUGGGAAUACAGGGGGUUACAAGGGGUUACCGGGGGUUACAAGGGGUUACAAGGGGUUACAGGGGGUUACAAGGGGUUACAGGGGGUUUCAAGGGGUUACAAGGGGCGACAGGGGGUGAUAAGGGGUUACAGGGGGUUACAAAGGAUUAUAGAAACUUUUUUCUAACUAGAACGUUCCCAGAUACUUUUUCUUGGUCUAUUUUGCAUAAAAAUCAAACUUAAAGAAAUCUCUAAUUUUUGAUCUAAACGAUGGACUAACCCCUUUGGAAAAAUUCUAAUUUUCCGUUUUUCGUAAACAGUUGUUUUUAUAGUCUUUAAAGGCUUCUUUUUUAUCUAGAACGUCAGCAAACACUUUUUCUCGAUCUAUUUUUGAUAAAUACAAAAGAUGAAAAAACUUCAACUUUUUGACCAAAAUCAUGGACUAUCCCCUUUGCAGAAAUGCCAAUUUUGCCUUCUUUUUAAAUCCAUGUUUAUAUUGUCUAGAAAGGCUUGUUUUCUAACGACAACGUCACCAAAUACUUUAUCUGGGUGUAUUUUGCAUAAAACGAAACGUUCACAAAAUUUCCAACUUUUGACCAAAACCAUGGACUAACUAACCCCUUUGCAAAAAUGCCAAUUUUGUGGGUUUUUGAAACCGAUGUUUUUCUUGUUCAGAAAAGCUUGUUUGCUAUAUAAAACGUCGAAAAUCAUUUUUUCACCAUUUAUUUUCACAAUCUAUGACAUGGGAAUACAGGGGGUUACAAGGGAUUACAGGGGGUUACAAGGGAUUACAAGGGGUUACAAGGGGUUACAAGGGGUUUCAAAGGGUUACAGGGGAUUACAAGGGGUGACAAGGGGUGACAGGGGGUUACAAGGGGUUACAGGGGGUUACAAAGGAUUAUAGAAACUUUUUCUAACUAGAAAGUUCCCAGAUACUUUUUCUUGGUCUAUUUUGCAUAAAAAUCAAACUUAAAGAAAUCUCUAAUUUUUGAUCAAAACGAUGGACUAACCCCUUUGGAAAAAUUCUAAUUUUGCGUUUUUCGUAAACAGUUGUUUUUAGAGUUUUUAAAGGCUUUCUUUUUAUCUAGAACGUCAGCGAACACUUUUUCUCGAUCUAUUUUUGAUAAAUACAAAAGAUGAAAAAACUUAAACUUUUUUACCAAAAUCAUGGACUAUCCCCUUUGCAAAAAUGCCAAUUUUGCCUUCUUUUUAAAUCCAUGUUUAUAUUGUCUAGGAAGGCUUGUUUUCUAACGCAAACGUCACCAAAUACUUUAUCUGGGUGUAUUUUGCAUAACACGAAACGUUCACAAAAUUUCCAAUUUUUUACCAAAACCAUCGACCAACCCCUUUGCAAAAAUACCAAUUUUGUGGGUUUUUGAAACCGAUUACAAAAACCGGUUACAGGGGGUUACAAAGGAUUAUAGAAACUUUUUCUAACUAGAACGUUCCCAGAUACGUUUUCUUGGUCUAUUUUGCAUAAAAAUCAAAGUUAAAGAACUCUCUAAUUUUUGAUCAAAACGAUGGACUAACCCCUUUGAAAAAAUUCUAAUUUUGCGUUUUUCGUAAACAGUUGUUUUUAUAGUCUUUAAAAGCUUCUUUUUUAUCUAGAACGUCAGCAAACACUUUUUCUCGAUCUAUUUUUGAUAGAUACAAAAGAUGAAAAGACUUUAACUUUUUAACCAAAAUCAUGGACUAUCCCCUUUGAAAAAAUGCCAAUUUUCCCUUCUUUUUAACUCCAUCUUUAUACUGUCUAGAAAGGCUUGUUUUCUAACGGAAAUGUCACCAAAUACUUUUUCUGGAUGUAUUUUGCAUAAAACGAAACGUUCACAAAAUUUCCAAUUUUUGAACAAAACCAUGGACUAACCCCUUUCCAAAAAUGCCAAUUUUGUGGGUUUUUGAAACCGAUGUUUUUCUUUUUUAGAAAGGCUUGUUUGCUAUGUAAAACGUCGAAAAUCGAUUUUUCACGAUUUUUUUUCACGAUCUAUGACAUGGGAAUACACGGGGUUAAAGGGGGUUACAAGGGGUUACAAGGGGUUACAGGGGGUUACAAGGGGUUACAAGGGGCGACAGGGGGAGAUAAGGGGUUAAAGGGGGUUACAAAGGAUUAUAGAAACUUUUUUCUAACUAGAACGUUCCCAGAUACUUUUUCUUGGUCUAUUUUGCAUAAAAAUCAAAGUUAAAGAAAUCUCUAAUUUUUGAUCUAAACGAUGCACUAUCCACUUUGGAAAAAAUCUAAUUUUCCGUUUUUCGUAAACAGUUGUUUUUAUAGUCUUUAAAGGCUUCCUCUUUAUCUAGAACGUCAGCAAAAACUUUUUCUCGAUCUAUUUUUGAUAAAUACAAAACAUGAAAAAACUUCAACUUUUUGACCAAAAUCAUGGACUAUCCCCUUUGCAAAAAUGCCAAUUUUGCCUUCUUUUUAAAUCCAUGUUUAUAUUGUCUAGAAAGGCUUGUUUUCUAACGGGAACGUUACCAAAUACUUUUUCUUGGUGUAUUUCAAAAAAACGAAACGUUCACACAAUUUCCAAUUUUUGACCAAAACCAUGGACUAACCCCUUUCCACAAAUGCCAAUUUUGUGGGUGUUUGAAACCGAUUAGAAAAACCGGUUACAGGGUGUUACAAAGGAUUAUAGAAACGUUUUUCUAAAUAGAACGUUCCCAGAUACUUUUUCUUGGUCUAUUUUGCAUAAAAAUCAAAGUUAAAGAAAUCUCUAAUUUUUGAUCAAAACGAUGGACUAACCCGUUUGGAAAAAUUCUAAUUCUGCGUUUUUCGUAAACACUUGUUUUUAUAGUCUUUAAAGACUUCUUUUUUAUCUAGAACGUAAGCAAACACUUUUUCUCGAUCUAUUUUUGAUAAAUACAAAAGAUGAAACAACUUCAACUUUUUGACCAAAAUCAUGGAAUAUCCCCUCAGCAAAAAUGCCAAUUUUGCCUUCUUUUUAAAUCCAUGUUUAUAUUUUCUAGGAAGGCUUAUUUUCUAACGAGAACGUCACCAAAUACUUUUUCUGGGUGUAUUUUGCAGAAAAAGAAACGUUCACAAAAUUUCCAAUUUUUGACCAAAACCAUGGACUAACCCCUUUGCAAAAAUGUCAAUUUUGUGGGUUUUUGAAACCGAUGUUUUUCUUGUUCAGAAAGACUUGUUUGCUAUAUAAAACGUCGAAAAUCAUUUUUUCACGAUUUAUUUUCACAAUCUAUGACAUGGGAAUACAGGGGGUUACAAGGGAUUACAGGGGGUUACAAGGGGUUACAAGGGGUUACAGGGGGUUACAAGGGGUUACAGGGGGUUACAAGGGGUUACAGGGGGUUUCAAGGGGUUACAAGGGGCGACAUGGGGUGAUAAGGGGUUACAGGGGGUUACAAAGGAUUAUAGAAACUUUUUUCUAA